AUGGAGGUCUGUUUGAAGAUCAAUCAAGUUGAGCAUAUCAUAGUUUUGCAAGCAGAUGAAGCUCGCAACAAAACUAUUAGAGAUGUUGAAAACGCCACAAGCAUGCUUCAUCCGUUGAAUUCUUCUGCCUUGAAUCUAGCUACGGUGCUCAGUGCAAAACUAAAUGGAACGGACUUAACAUUUCCUAUUAUCCAAGCAAAUAUUGCGCCGUCACUAUUUCAAGCACUUACAACAAUCCCGCGGGUAACAGAGGUGGAAUUCAUGGGGUUGGACAGAUGGGAGUUCUCCUAUUACCGCAAUGAUGAGCAAACAUUUGCAUUUUUCUCGAACUCUUCAGCUCCUUCAACAUCAUAUACUCAGCCUGUGAACCGUGACACUGGAAAGCUGUUUGGUGAAGCAGUUGAGUCUAACUAUACUAUUGCAUUUAACUCAACGAGAUUUGUAGAAGGCCCACGAGGGAUACUACCAUAUCCUUCACUAGAGACGGGGAAGAAUCAGGAUCUCCUUUUCAAAAGCAAUGUUCCAAUGGUUGGAAUGGGGCUCAUUUCAAUAGGUUUUCCAGCAGAUGAAGUUAAAAAUCAGUUUUCUCAUCUAGAUUUUCAUGGCAGUCACUUGCACCUAGCUUCGAAUGAUGGCCAAGUACUUUUUGAGAAAGAGCUUGCUGAUACUCAAAUUUUUGUGUACAACGGAACAUAUUCACUGAAGUUGAAGAAACAAAAUGGUGCUUACGAAGAUGUAGUCAGUAAUGUUUCUUGCAAGUUGGAGGAUGAUGCUGAUCUAGAGCAUUUGGAUGUGAAGAUCAAUGAAAAGAAGCACAAAUUUUAUUGCUCAACUGUUGACAUUGCAGGAAUUGAUUCAGUAUAUGUAUUGGCUUUUCCGGAAGAUGGAAACGAAGCUGCUGCCCAUAAAAGCAGCAUGCUAGCCAUCAUGCUUCUUGUUCUUACGCUUGUGGGAUCAGUUGUCUCGCUUUGCCUCUUCAUUUUUUUGAUCCUGAAAGCUGCACGAAGAGAGAUAGUUUUCUAUAACUUGCUUGAUAGAGCUUUGUCGUGA